AUGGAUAGGCAGUUGGAGGAUGCCUUGCGCGGUCUGGACGGCAAGAUCGAGAAAGUCUCCUCUCUGACCACGCAGUGCUCGGAAGGCCUCCUGGAGCUCAAGCAAAGCGCGGAGGCAGCUGGGGUGCUGGAACGCCGGGAGCAGGCGAAGCGGGAGGAGCUGCAGGAGCGCGCCGCCAGCACCGCGGCCCAGCUCGAGGCAGCCAAGGCUGUGGCCGCGGAGCAGGGCCAGAGGCUGGACCAGCUUGGGCGCAGCUACGCGGAGCUGGCCGAGUUCGCGCGCCAAGGCCUGGCGGUUGAUGUGCAAGGAUGCCAAGCUGCCAACAGGCAGAUGGAGGAGGCGCUGCACCGCAGCGACGGGCGGUUGGAGCGGCUCUGUGCUGUGACCACCCAGUGCUCCGAAGGCCUGGGGGAGGUGAAGGCCUUCGCCCGGGAGGCGGCGGAGAAGGCGGCGGCGAGCGCCCGGGAGCUGACGGAGCUGAGGGCCUCCGAGCUGAAGGAGCAGCUGGAGCGGCGCGGCGCCGACACCGCCGCCAGGUUGGAGGCUCUCCCGAAACGGAGUUCGGUGGACGGGUGGAGGUGCAGCGAAUAUGAGGAGGUUGCCGCGCUCGUUGUGGACAAUGGCAGCGGCAUGUGCAAGGCUGGCUUUGCCGGCGAUGACGCGCCCCGUGCCGUCUUCCCAUCCAUCGCCGCUGGGCGCCAAUACUUUUCUGACAAGGGGAUGGAAGUCGGCAGGCCCAAGAUGCCUGGCAUGGUGGGCAUGGAUCAGAAGGACAGCUACGUGGGGGACGAAGCCCGGUCCAAGCGAGGUGUGCUCACCCUGAAGUACCCCAUUGAGCAUGGCAUCGUGACCAAUUGGGAUGAUAUGGAGAAGAUCUGGCAUCACACCUUCUACAACGAGCUGCGUGUCGCCCCUGAGGAGCACCCUGUGCUUUUGACCGAGGCACCGCUCAAUCCAAAGGCCAACCGUGAGCGCAUGACCCAGAUCAUGUUUGAGACCUUCAACGUCCCUGCGAUGUACGUGGCCAUCCAGGCGGUGCUGUCCUUGUACGCCUCCGGGCGCACCACUGGCAUUGUGAUGGACAGCGGCGACGGCGUCAGCCACACCGUGCCCAUCUAG